CGUGCGGUGAACGUUGGACUUGCUGCAUGCAACAGAGCUCUGCCAAUUUGUAGCACUACAAAAAAUAUUACUCUCUCACAAAACACAUUUCGUGUUGUUGCCUUUUCAACCCCAGGUGAAAGAAAAUAGUCCUCCGUGAAGCAUUUCGCCGAGAGGGCCGGAAUACCAGAAAAACCAAUUCACAAUGACUGAAGCUCAAGUGAACCCAAAGGCCUACCCACUGGCCGACGCCACGCUGACCAAAACCAUCCUGGACCUGGUGCAGCAAGCCUCAAACUACAAGCAGCUGAGGAAGGGGGCUAAUGAAGCUACUAAAACCCUAAACAGAGGCAUCGCUGAGUUUAUUGUGAUGGCUGCCGAUGCUGAACCACUGGAGAUCAUCCUCCACCUGCCACUGCUCUGCGAGGACAAGAACGUCCCGUACGUGUUUGUCCGCUCCAAGCAGGCCCUGGGCCGGGCCUGUGGGGUGUCGCGCCCCGUCAUCGCUACCUCAGUCACCAUCAAGGAGGGCUCUCAGCUCAAACCGCAGAUUCAGUCUGUUCAGAUGGCCAUUGAGAGACUGCUGGUGUGACUUUUGUUGCGCUGUUGUGACGGAGUCUCCUUGAAAAAAGUGGAAGACAAAUUCCAGAUUGAAAAUAGUUUUGUCUUUUGUUUGAUAUAAACAGUGAGGUUUUUUUUAUUAUGUUUUCGGAUAAUGUGCCCACUUCAGUGUAUCCAUUUUCCAUGGCAUCCCCUAAUUCAUAAUAAAAUCAUUU